CAGCUGCUCACUUUGCAGAAAAGUCAGACCCAAACGCUGCCCAGCUCGGGCUGCCCCGCACUCCAAAGCCAGCUGGUCUGGCUUAGCAACGCUGCUUUUAUUCACCUUUUUCUUUUCUUCCUUUUUGUUUCGGCUCAUCUUGUUUGAUACAAGGGACUGAGUGAGCAAACCCACAGCUGGAGCUGCUGGGAGUCCUUCCAGGUGAAGACAGAAACAGAAAGCACUGGUGCUUACUUACUCACUGACAGCCCGGGAAGCGCGUGCUCUGCUCCGGGAGGAGACGGCUCGCUGGAUGGACUGAAGUGAACCGCUGGACGGAGACGCGCUGUAAGCAGGACGUGGCGUGACGAAUCAUGCGGGACUGAGCGGGAGGUUCCAGCCAGCACUUUGAGACUGAGAAGAAAAAACAUUUGAGGAGCUGGACGUGGAUUGAAGGAGGCAUUAAGAAGCAACGACUGUGAAAGAAAAGAAGAAGCAUAAGUGGAAAAAUCGCAAAGAUGGGGAGGAAAAAGAUUCAGAUUGCACGAAUAAUGGAUGAAAGGAACAGACAUGUGACAUUUACAAAGCGCAAGUUUGGUCUGAUGAAGAAAGCCUACGAGCUGAGCGUCCUGUGUGACUGUGAGAUCGCUCUCAUCAUCUUCAACAGCACCAACAAGCUGUUCCAGUACGCCAGCACCGACAUGGACAAGGUUCUGCUCAAAUACACCGAGUACAACGAGCCGCAUGAGAGUAGGACCAACUCGGACAUUGUGGAUACUCUACGGAAGAAGGGUUUAAACGGCUGUGAAAGCCCCGACAUCGAAGCUGAUGACUCUGCUGGCCAGAGCCCAGAGUUAGACGACAAGUACUGCAAACUCAACGAAGACAUCGAUCUGAUGAUAAACAGGCAAAGAAUCUGUGGUCUGCCUCCCUCUGGCUACGACAUGGGGGUGACCAUCCCAGGCAGCAAUCCUAGUGGGCUGCUGUACUCUCACCAGGCCAUAGGGGGCGCUGUGGGUAAUCACAACUUGCUGCCCAUCUCACACUCGUCCUUGCAGAGAAACACUAUGUCCCCCCAACGACCCUGUAGCGCUGGGAAUGCAGGGUUGAUGGCGUCUGACCUUCCCAACACCGUGGUCUCCAGCGUGGGAAAUGGCAGCUUCAGCUCCCACUGCAGUUCCCCCGGCCUCAUGUCCCCAGCCGGCGUCUCUAAGAACAUGCAGGACAAAAGUCCUCCUCACAUGGGCUUGACCCACAAGCCUGACCUCCGCACUCUGAUGCCGCCCUCCAACAAGUGCUCCAUCAUGCCAACGAACCAGAGAAUAAAUCACUCACAGACAGCUCAGACUCUGUCCACCCCUGCAGUGUCCAUCGCUGCCUCUGGGAUUGGUGGUUAUCCCUCUGCCAUUUCGUCCUACAGCACAGAGUUUUCCCUGGGCAGCGACCUGUCCUCCCUGACUGGGUUCGGGGGCUCAGGUCUGGGAUCGGUGGCGAACUGGCAGCAGCAGCAGCUGCAGAACCUCCAGCACUCGGCGCUCGGACAAAUGGGAAACUUGUGCCAGAACUCCAGCCUGGACGUCCACAACAACCUCCACAUUAAGUGCGAGCCGGCCUCUCCUCCCAGAGACCGGAUCCUGGGCGUGGGCGGGGCCGUGGGCGGGGCCGGACUCAGAGGAGGCGUCAACGCGGCCGGAUACGCCCUCGGCGCCGGCCGGGGGCCCCACGAAUCCGGCAGUUCCCCCGGCGACAGCGCCUCCAGCUGCGGCAGCUCAUACGAAGGCAGUGAGGAUCGCGAGGAUCACCACGGCAACGAGAGCUUCCUGCUGCAGCCGCUGACCAGUCAGGAGGAGCGUCACAGCCCAUCAGUAAAACGGAUGAGGCUAUCAGAAGGCUGGGCCACAUAGUGGGAGGGAGCAGCUCCACAGGAACAGGGGGGAGUAAAGUUACAAUAUAGUGUUAUUAUUAUUAUUAUUAUGAUUAUUAUUAUCACUAUCAUAUUCUCCUCGUACUGAAUGCAUGUGCUUUAUGUUUAAUGGUGGUCUGUAGUUGAGGCGACUGGUUUUGCGAUGUGAGAUCAGCACACAUCACCUGAAGAACAAAACUCAAGUUUCUCUGUGUGUCACAACAUUCUGAACAUCAGUCAUAUUAAACAUUUAUUUAUUCAAAAUCUGGUAAAAUACAUCUAUGCAGCUUUUGGUGUUCCAUAAUAGCUUUAUUCUUGCCAAUACUACAUAAGAUUUUAAUUUUUUUUAUUUGUUUUGUUUUGCAAAAUUUGAACCAUGUGAAGCUAAAAAUGCUACGUAAGUUCUGGGUAGAUCAGAUUUUUCUAUCUUAAAUCCAAGUUGCAGAUGUCUUCAUACAGUUUUUGGUUUAGUUCCUGCUUUAGUGUUUUUUUUUUUUUCUUUCAGCAAUUGGCCUUUUUUAGAGUUAACAAUUAAUCAAUUAGUAGAUUAGUUGACUAUUAUUUCAAUAAUUAGAUUAAUCAUGAUUAAUCUAAUUCAUCUGAUUAAUUGUUUCAGCUCUAAACAUAACAGUAGUUUAUCUUUCUCCUGAAUUUUCUUUCAGUUCUGCCUAUUUAGAUAAUAAACUCACUCUAAUCUAGUCUUCCCAUUAUUGAACCCAAAGCUCAAACUUUCGCACAGAAUUUUUUGACACAUAAGUAAGUCUUGAGGAUUUUUGUGUUUUGUAUUUUAUUUUUGUGAUGUACGCUGAUCGUCGAGACUUUCGCCAGAGGCCAUCUUCCGUGGGGAGGUUUGACGGUGUACAUUUACUGCUUGUUUUCAGUGUGUGUUUAGGUAGCGUGGGGAUUAUAAGUGAGUUUCUCAUGUAUGCAAGCUAAAGAAGAGGGCAAAGUUAAGAAGUCUGGUACUCUGAACAGUGAAGCUACUGGCGGUUUUGAACGUGGAUCCGCGCUGAAGCUCUCGCUCCACGGCUGUGACACGAGCUGCGUUGCAGGUUCAACACAAACAAAUGCUUCUAAACGUAUCGCACAAGGAAACGAGAACAGGCUGAAGGGCAAAGAAGCCGAUGAAUAAAGUAGGAAAAGAGUGAAGGAGUGGGGUAGGUGCUGAGCGGGGGAUUCUCCACUAACAGUGACCACAGGAAGAUGCUGCUGGUGCUGUUGUUGGACAGGCUGAGGUGUAGAGAUGGCUGCUGAGAGGUCUAAUGGAGUCAAGGCAACAGGUUGCUUAGAGAAAAAAUGUUUUAUUAAUUUUAUUUAGUAUUGAGAUGCUCAGUUUUUGAUGAGUUUUCUGAGUCUGGUGGCAAGAAAAAACAAACGAAAAAAACAUAUCCAGAUCGUCAAAACAUCAGGAGCAGUUUGGGUUGGAUCUGACAGGAAGCUAACAAAACGAACCACUACAGAACAUUUACACACAACGUUUCCUCUAGUCCCUACUGACCGCUGGGUGGACGCUGAAACCAAAGCUAAUGAGACAGUAGAAGCUUCAACAGCAAUAAAAACAACAGAUCAACACAGAAAGCCAAGCUAAGUUGAAUAUGCUGACAUCUAGAGGCCGUAGUAGAAGUUGCAGCCUCUCUAUUUGCAGAGUUGACAGUUCUGACAGAAGCAGAACCGUCAGGCUUGUUUCCUGACGGUUCUGCUUUAGUUGUCAAAGAAAAUCCAACAAGAAGCAAAAUGUUUCUAUCAAAAGUAGACAUGAAAUAUUUUUCUCUCUUUUUUGUUUUUUACAAUGGUUAAGCAGGAGUGAGCAUUUAUUGUAUCGUUGAUCAUAAAUUUUCAUGCAUCGUCAUCUUGAUAUUUAAUAAGUAUUCAUUAAUAAUUAAUUUAAUUUAUUAUUCAGUUAAUAAUAUUUACAACCUCCCAAAACUGUUCAUGUUGUUGGGAUCGUUAGUUUUACAAUUUUCUCCGCUGUUUGUUCAUUGAGAGUAUCAAUAAUUUUGAAAAAUAUGAUGAAAUGUGGUUACAUAGAGUUACCUAAAAAAUAAGGAAUCAAUAUUGCUUAAGAGUUUUCUUUAUCACAGAAUAUUGUGAUUCAACUUUAAGUUCACAUCACCCACCCCUUCUACUUAGCACAACAUGACUCAGAUGACCAUCCUGUUCUUCCUGCUUCUGAUGCACAAAUUGGUCUGCAGACACUAAAUGAUCCAGUCAUUUGAGCCUGGUUCUGAAUCGUCCGUUUCCUGUGUGUUGGAUCAGGCUCCAUGCUGUGUAAUUUCCUCUGUCAUGGUUCGUUUUCAGUUUUCUGUCCACAUGAAGUCAGACGUCAGAGUGACGAGUCAGAGCCAGGAGCUAUAAAGCCAUAAUGUACAGAACAGAGAUGCUUUACUGCACAAACCUGCUGGUGUGUUAAGAGACUAAAGGCUCCUUUGUUACUAUAGCAACGGGGUGUUUUAUUGAACGUCUCCAUAUACACACGCAACAGGAAGCACAAGGUUUUGACGGCUGGUGUCAGACCCGGCUGCUCACCUUACUGGGCUUUUUCAUUCACUCAGGUCAUUUAUUCCAGCAACAUCCCAUUACUACUGUACUGUUACAGUAACAGCUACUGUAACUGUAAAUGUAACCACACGGUUACAUUUCAGUGCUGUUUUUUCUAUGAAAACAGAGCACGACUAAUGUCAUCUCAAGGCACUUUAUGGCACAAACAGGUCCAAUUCAUGUUCAUAUUUAUAGAAAUAUAAAACCCAAGCAAUGCUUACAUGAACAAUCAAAUCAUAAGAAGAUUUAAAUUCAGUUACAGGCAGCCUCAUUCGAUUGUUGAUGCACAGUACGGUCAGAUAUAGAUACAGAUGAUGAAGUUUAGUUGACUUUUUGAUGGCUGAUCAAACCAAACAUGGAAAAGAAAAUCCAAUGAAAAAAACCCAACUGAACAUUUCCAUCCUCACUCAGAGAAACGUUUUUUAGCUGCUUCUAGAUGUGGCAGACCAGGAGUGCACCAUUUUAUCUUUUAAGAAGUCUGACCUGUCGACUCCCUUUGUGGCCAGGAUCUAUCUUUUUUAUCUGAAAAGUUGCUAAAUGUAGCAAGAAUGUCGCUGAGUUGGCAACAAUUGGGUGACUAUUGUCAACUGCAAAUAUGCAGACAUGGUGGGCGGGUCAGCCAAACACUGGUUGGUUUCUGGACCUCUGAGGUAGAUAAGAUCGACUUCAUAUGUAAAUAUCAUCCGUUCUCCCAAAGUUAAGGAAAUCUGAGCCAAUUUAUCAGCUGGUUUAUUUCUUGGCUCUCCCCCAGAAGGAUUCAGUUAUGGUGCUUUGCACUGACACUAGAGAUUUUGAAAUUAAAACUCAUUUAAUUCUCUACCUCCAAGUCCAAAUAAAACACCAAUAAUUUCCCCUGAUGCCGUGUUUCAGCCGGUCUGACACCAGCCACACAUCCAGGUUGUUCAAACUGGACAUACGAUUGUAACUAUCAUCCCUGUUAGAGUUUUCCUUUUGUUUUUAUUUCCGUCUUUUUUUUUUGUUCUUGUUGUUUUUCUUUCUGUGAAUUGAUUGAAAAGACAGAAGUGGCUGAGGGUUCAAAUUUGAAUAUUUUGGCUUAAAACUGUAUAUUUGGAGCUCGACCCCUCAGCUACUCUUCACUUUUUUCUGCUCUGCGCCUGAAUUCUCUUAGAAAACAGUGGAGCAACGCAAAUCGCUCCAUAUGGCUGAGGUACUUCUCUCCUCCAUCUCCAUAAGUCAGGAUGGUCGUCUAAAAACUAAAAGAUGUUUGACGAAAAAGCAAAGAAAAAGUGGGGAGCUCACUCCAGCUGACUGCAGAUGAAAACAGAAAGCUGGCUUUAAAAUCGAAGAGAGAAUGUAAGCUAAGCAGCGUGAAAAGCUUCAAAUCAAAUCUUUGUAUUAUUAUUAUUAUUAUCAUUGUUAUUAUUAUUUUUAUUCUGCAACCAGUUUCUGUCUGGACCUCUGUCAGGUACCUACAAAGCUCUGAUUUAAAAAAAAAAAGUAUUUUCUGAACAAUUUCAAGUUUGGCCUGCAUUCUCCCCUCAUCACAUGCUUCCGGAUGUACUGAGAGAUUGUUAGCGGCAUGAGCUGGCCUUUUGUCGCCACCUGACUCACCGACCAACCAAGUGCACACGGGCUGUCGCAGAACUCCCUCACUCAGAACUGUGGUAGUGUUUGUAUUUUGCAGAAAAUAAAAAUGCUGAUGUUUUUGUUCCACA